GUUUCAGUCCUCUCUUUGAAGUUCGAACUUGUGAGCAGCUUGGCAAAUCGAGUGAUUUAGAUUUUGGCCAAAGGAACGAAGAAGAAGAAGAAGAAGAAUGUCGGUAGCCUCGUCUCACCAAGCCUUCCUCGCCAACGCCCUCCUCACUCGGUCGACCCUCGAGCCCCAGAAGAAGUUCCUCGUCUCCGUCAGCACAAUCUCUUGCGGGCGACGACACCCGUCUUCAUCGUCAUCCGGUCACGAUGGCUCCAAUGAUCCUUCGAGGAGGAACGGCAAUCAGCUUGCGAAAUUGGCUAUAGUGACGCUCGCAGCUGGAGUUUUGACACUCGGGUCAGUGCAAGACGCUUCGGCCGCCAAGACUGGCGGUAGAGUCGGUGGCCAGGCGUUCAGGCCGUCGGCGCCGAGGCCAUCUGCUCCAAGAGGCAAUAAUUCAAGGACAAAUAUUUACAUUAAUCCACGUGUUGCUCCACCUUUAGUUGGUGGAUAUGGGUACGGUUAUGGUGUGCCAUUCUAUGGAGGCUGGGGUUGGUCGCCGUUUUCAUUCUUUGCUCCAGGUCCUAGUGUUGCCGUCGGUGUUGGAGGUGGGUUUGACGUCCUUGCUUUCUUUCUGAUUCUUGGUGCUGUUGCUGCUGUGGUGAGGAGAUUCACGGGACCUCGGGAUGAUGAAGAUGAUUACUAGUUACUCUGAAAAUUUUGUAGUGGCAACAAGUACGUGUAUGGUUGGCCGGAUUGUGUAUUCUAAAAAAAGCCACAAGAAGCGUACCGGACAAUGGUUCUGAGAAUCAUUUGGUGCGAAAAGAUCUUAUGAUGUAAAUCGCUAUAUCGAGGAAGUUACUAUAGUUUUGAGCUUAUUAUAGAAAAGCAACUUUUGCUGUCU